GUCGCGAGUUGGGACUUCCACCACAUGCUCAUACUGCUUGAGCCGGAUACUUAUCCCAGCCCUCUAUCAGCGCAAACCCCGUCAUUCUGCCCACCAUGAGCUACGGGAAGAAGGACGAGGAUGCCGACGGCGGCCUGGUCAAGAUUGACCGGACGCAGGUAUUCCAGGAGGCUCGACUCUUCAACAGCUCGCCCAUCCAACCGCGACGAUGCCGUGUCCUUCUCACAAAGAUCGCCCUCCUCCUCUACACGGGCGAGAAGUUCCCGACCACCGAAGCAACUACCCUCUUCUUCGGCAUCUCGAAGCUGUUCCAGAACAAGGAUGCCAGCCUGCGCCAGAUGGUUCACUUGGUCAUCAAGGAGCUCGCCAGCUCUGCCGAGGACAUCAUCAUGGUCACGAGCACCAUCAUGAAGGAUACCGGCGGCAGUACCGACUCCAUCUAUCGCCCCAAUGCCAUUCGGGCACUCUGUCGCAUUAUUGAUGCCACUACAGUUCAGUCCAUUGAGCGUGUCAUGAAGACAGCAAUCGUCGACAAGAACCCUUCCGUGUCGUCCUCCGCCCUUGUGUCGUCGUAUCACCUCCUUCCUAUUGCGCGGGAUGUCGUCAAGCGGUGGCAGAGCGAGACUCAGGAGGCUGCGGCAAGCACCAAGUCGGGAGGUGGGUUUUCUCUGGGAUUCUCGUCGUCGUCGGGCAACCUCCCGGUCAACAACUCCACCAUGACGCAGUACCACGCUAUUGGGCUGCUGUACCAGAUGCGGAUGCACGACCGGAUGGCCCUGGUCAAAAUGGUGCAGCAGUUUGGUGCGGCCGGUGCUAUGAAGAACCCCGCGGCCAUUGUUAUGCUGGUCCGGCUUGCUGCCCAGCUCGCCGACGAGGAUCCCCAGCUCAGGAAGCCCAUGAUGCAGCUGCUGGAUGGCUGGCUCAGGCAUAAGAGCGAGAUGGUCAACUUUGAAGCGGCGAAGGCCAUCUGCGAUAUGCGGGACGUGACCGACGCCGAGGUUACGCAGGCGGUCCAUGUCUUGCAGCUCUUCCUCAGCUCCCCUCGCGCCGUCACCAAGUUCGCCGCCCUCCGCAUUCUCCACAACAUCGCCUCGUUCAAGCCGCACGUGGUCAAUGUGUGCAACCCGGACAUUGAGCUGCUCAUUUCUAACAGCAAUCGCUCGAUCGCCACGUUUGCCAUCACCACGCUGCUCAAGACGGGCAACGAGGCCAGCGUGGACCGGCUGAUGAAGCAGAUCUCGGGCUUCAUGUCCGAGAUCACGGACGAGUUCAAAAUCACAAUCGUCGAGGCGAUACGGACGCUCUGCCUCAAGUUCCCCAGCAAGCAGGCGGGCAUGCUUCAGUUCCUCAGCGGUAUCCUGCGGGACGAAGGCGGCUACGAGUUUAAGCGCGCCGUGGUCGAGAGCAUGUUCGACUUGAUUAAGUUCGUACCCGAGUCAAAGGAGGAGGCGCUCGCACACUUGUGCGAGUUCAUCGAGGACUGCGAGUUCACUAAGCUUGCCGUCCGCAUCCUCCAUCUGCUCGGCCUUGAGGGGCCCAAGACGUCCCAGCCUACCAAGUACAUCCGGUAUAUUUACAACCGCGUUGUCCUGGAGAAUGCCAUUGUGCGUGCGGCUGCUGUUACGGCGCUGGCCAAGUUUGGUGUCGGCCAGAAGGACCCGGAGGUCAAGCGGAGCGUCGACGUUUUGCUCACUAGGUGCUUGGAUGAUGUGGACGAUGAGGUCCGGGAUCGGGCAGCCCUUAACCUCCGGCUCAUGCAUGAUGAGGAUGAUGAGCUUGCCGCGAGGUUUGUCAAGAACGAUACCGUAUUUGCCCUCCCCUACUUCGAGCAGCAACUCGUCGAGUAUGUCACAUCAGACGACAGAUCGGCAUUCGACACACCAUUCGACAUCUCCAAGAUUCCGGUUGUCACGCGUGAGCAGGCGGAUGCCGAGGACAGGACCAAGAAGCUUACCGUGACCACACCGUCACUCAAGCCACCAAAGGUUGGACCGACAAAGGCAGUCCCGUCGGAUGCCGAAGCGGCCGCUUCGGCGUCAGCCACGGCGCAGAAGUACGCCCAGGAGUUGAUGCAGAUCCCCGAGAUGAAGGAGUUCGGCCCAGUCCUCAAGUCUUCGCCGCUGGUGGAGUUGACAGAAGCCGAGACCGAGUAUGUCGUGGGCGUCGUCAAGCACAUCUUGAAGGAGCACAUUGUGUUGCAAUACGAGGUCAAGAACACGCUCCCGGCGACGGUCUUGGAAAAUGUGUCGGUCAUGGCAACGCCGUCGGACGAAGAGGAACUCGAGGAUGUCUUCAUCAUCCAGGCCGAGAAGCUGGAGACGGACGUCCCCGGCAAGGUCUACGUGGUGUUCCGCAAGGUGAACGGCGAAGGGUCACUGCCUGUCUGCACCUUCUCCAAUGUGCUCAAAUUUACCAGCAAGGAGAUCGACCCGACAACCAACGAGCCCGAGGAGAGCGGGUAUCAGGACGAGUAUGAGGUGACCGAGUUUGAUCUGUCGGGCAGCGAUUAUGUCAUCCCAACGUUUGCCAGCAACUUUGCCCACGUGUGGGAGCAAGUCGGUGCGCAGGGGGAGGAGGCCGAGGAGACGUUACAGCUGAGCGGCGUGAAGAGCAUACCGGAGGCAACCGAACAACUAACCAAGACGCUCUCGCUCCAGCCGCUGGAAGGGACGGACGUGCCUGUCAACCAGACGACGCACACGCUCAAGCUCCUCGGGAAGACGGUCAACGGAGGGAGGGUCGUGGCCAACGUGCGCAUGGCCUACUCAUCCAAGACGGGCGUCACGACAAAGAUCACGGUGCGCAGCGAGGAGGAGGGCGUGGCGGCUCUGGUGGUGGCGUCUGUGGCUUGAUGGAAUAUCUUGGUUGGGCACGCAUGGCGUUAUUCGUUCUUUUUCUUGUUGACAAAAUUGAAAAGCAUUCAUUGCGUUUGCGUGGUUGUCGGGGGCUUUCCUCGUGGGUUACGGGGUGCGCUUUGAACCGAUAGACUUCAGUGUGUGGUGGUUGAGCAAGUACCUCAUGAUGUGGUGAAUGAGAUGGUGACUUGGUUGCUGACUUAUCCGUUUGAGGCGACAUGUGGUGUAACUACAGAACACCACGGGGGGUGGGAGGAUAAUCGGAGGAAUACGGAUUAGGCCGGUCCUCCAUUGGGAAGAAGGAAGGUCCUUUAUGAAACGAUGAGGGUGAAACCCUAUAUCAAGGCAAGGUAUCAUGAAUAUCUGGUUUUUUUGAGUCGACAACGAUCUUAUCGAUAAGAAAGUAAGCC